AUGAGACGCUUUUUUCCGAGCUCCGUGGCGGCGUCGUGUGCGGGGCGCGUUCUGCAAUGCGCCGCUGAAUGGUACCACAUGCCGGGAUGGAAAACGCAGUCUAGCACGAAGGAUGCCCGGUCGCGUGAACAGCGCGAGAGGGACCGUAAGGCGCGUCAAAUCGAGAAGCUGCCCCGACCCGAGGCACUGCACGACUUUCAAUACCCGUACGAGAAAACCAUUCUGUCGGACAGCAUGUUCGAGUACCCGGUGUAUGAGACAGAGCUCGACACACCGCAUCUCUUCAACUUGACCCCGCCGCCGGAUUUUUUCAUUUACUGGAACGCUACCGAUUUCGAGCGCACGGCCUACCCGCCGGUUCCUGAAGACGACCACCGCAUGCUCGUGCCAUCGUCGCAGUCGCCACGCUGGAUCGAGCAUCGCGCCCGCCUGCGGCAGUAUCUACGCAAGCACGAGAUCAUGCCCCACUACGUCCCGCAUAUCCACGCCAACGUAAACCUCUCUGUUGUCUUUCCGGGACAGUACAACACACGUGCGCGGCUCACUGACGAGAACGGGGACAAGAUUCCGCCGCCGCCGGCGCAGACGAAGAUGACACCGCGCAAUUUUUGGUUCACGGCGCACUGCGGCAACUACAUGGAGCUGACAGACAUUCAGCAACCGCCGAGCGUCUUCUUUUUCGAGGAGGCUCCUGCCGCAGCGAGCGCCGCUAGCAAUGCCGGAGAGGCAGGUGAUGUCGCUCACAAGCAGUUGUCACACGCGGCUAUGAACUACUACACGUUUGUCAUGCUUUCCCCGGACUACCCGUAUCGCGUGCCACUCUCGCAGGAUCGGCAGAGGGCUGAUCGUGGCUUUUUCCUCAACUACAUGGUAGCUAAUUUGCGAGCACCGCAAGCGGUUUCCACGGUGGAUGGCGCGGUCGUGGACACGGAGGGUCUGCAGAGCAAGGGGGACGUCAUUGUCCCCUACGUUGCCCCACUGCCCACCGAGGACGCCGGAACGACGCGGCAUCUGUGCCUUCUCUUCAAGCAAACCAGUCACGUGCCAAACGUGAAGCCGAUGACAGCGGCCGAGGAGCAGCGAGAUUUCCCCCUAGCUCAGCGCAGCAACUACCGCCUGCACAGUGUCCUCACGAAGCAGACGAGGCUGAAAGUGCUACCAAGCGUCUCCGCGGCCUGCUUGGCGAGCCUGCGUGCCGUCGAAGGGGCGAUCCCAGCAGACCCUUGCGCUGUUACUUUCUUCACCACCAAGUGGGACAUCCAGGUCCAGGAAUACUAUGAGAAAGUCGGGCUACCUGAACCGGCGGCGCCAGUCGACGAGGAAAUCGAGGCUCUCCUAGAGUUCCACGCGAUGCGACCAGAGAAGCUGCGCGUGCGCGCGCGCCACCGUCCGGAUGGGUCGGUGAACAUGGGCGAUGACCCGCACUUCUGGGCUCAGGCGCUACCAACGCGCACCAUGGACGGGAGCAUGCAGCGUGGUUUGGGGUGGUCGCGGCGUACGACGAUGGGGGCCAACGGUGUGCCUGUGGUGUAUCCACACUGA